CGUGACCCCUCAUCAUCCGCCUCCGCCACAACCAAACGCACCCGCACCCGCGCCGCUCGUCCUCGUCUCCAAAUCCCUCCUGCACGGGCGGCGGCUGCACAGCCGUAGCCGUCUUCGAAUCCUCGGCGAAUCUACUCCUCAGUCGGUACGAACCGCUCUCUACCUCGGGGCAGAGUGAACGCGCGGCCCGCUGCUCGUCGUCAGCAGCGAGGCACCACCGCAGCAGCACCUCCGCCACCCGCCCCGGCGAGCACUGUCCGCUGCCGCGCGCCGGCUUCCGCCCACGGGUGCAUUCGAUCCGUACCGGCCGCCUACACUACACGAUGUCCAAGUCGGGAGCGCUGGAUCUUGCUUCUGGCCUCGGAGGGAAGAUCGACAAGGAGGGAGUGAAGUCGGCCGUCGAUGAGUAUGAGAAAUAUCAUGGUUACUAUGGAGGGAAGGAGGAAGCAAGAAAGUCCAACUAUACUGAUAUGGUUAAUAAAUACUAUGAUCUAGCCACUAGCUUCUAUGAGUAUGGUUGGGGUGAAUCCUUCCACUUUGCUCACAGAUGGAAUGGAGAAUCCUUACGCGAAAGCAUCAAGCGACAUGAGCAUUUUCUUGCCCUGCAACUUGGUUUGAAGCCAGGAAUGAAGGUUUUAGAUGUGGGCUGUGGAAUAGGUGGACCACUGAGAGAAAUUGCAAGAUUUAGCUCAACUUCAGUUACCGGAUUGAAUAACAAUGAGUACCAGAUAACCAGGGGAAAGGAGCUCAAUCGUUUGGCAGGAAUUAGUGGAACCUGUGAUUUUGUCAAGGCAGACUUCAUGAAAAUGCCGUUCGAUGACAACACUUUCGAUGCUGUUUAUGCCAUUGAGGCGACAUGUCAUGCACCUGAUCCAGUUGGUUGCUAUAAGGAGAUAUAUCGUGUGUUGAAGCCUGGUCAGUGCUUUGCUGUGUAUGAGUGGUGCAUUACUGAUCACUAUGAUCCUAACAAUGCAACCCACAAAAGGAUCAAGGAUGAAAUUGAGCUUGGCAAUGGCCUGCCAGAUAUCAGAAGCACUCGGCAAUGUCUUCAAGCAGUAAAAGAUGCUGGGUUUGAGGUUGUUUGGGAUAAGGAUCUUGCUGAAGAUUCCCCCUUGCCUUGGUACUUGCCCUUGGAUCCAAGCCGAUUUUCCCUGAGUAGCUUCCGUUUGACUUCUGUGGGACGCAUGAUUACUCGCACAAUGGUCAAGGCCUUGGAAUAUGUUGGUCUUGCUCCACAGGGCAGUGAGAGGGUCUCUAAUUUCCUAGAGAAGGCUGCAGAAGGUCUCGUAGAGGGCGGAAAGAAGGAGAUCUUCACACCAAUGUACUUCUUUCUUGCUCAGAAGCCGGUUUCGGAAUGAGCUCUUGGAUCACUUUCCAGGUAGCAGAGAGAAAGCAAGGAGGCAUUUCAAAGAAGCUGAGGGGGAACCCUGCAAUUCAAGAAAAUAUGGUUCUUCUGUGUAGGAAGAAAAUUAACGAUCAGUGUAGUAACUGUUAAGCUUUGUGUUUGUUUAGUUGUUUUGCUGCUUGAGAUUAUUGGUUUUUAGGGGGCUGACAAUGUGAAAUCCUUUUCAUCAUAAGCUCUACAAAUAAGAUGGUUUGUAUAAGACUCCAUGGAUACAGUAAAAUGUUUUCUGAGGUAAAUAAACUGGGGCGGUGUGGUGGUGAUUAGGAGAUGCCUGCAAUCAAGUGUAAUUCCUCUGUAUUACUACCAUUGAUUGAUUAUGUGCCUGAGACCCAUUUUGAACUAUAACGUGUCAAUCAAAUUGUUACCCUAA